GAAUGAUAAUUAAUUUAUCAUUUAACAAAAUUUUGCCAUUAUUGGCAUUAAAUUUGUUUUUACUAAAAUAUUCUUAUGGAAUGUUUCAUGACCCCAUCAACCCUCAUCAACAACAUCAUUCAAAUCCAGGCGAUUUGGUUGAUAAACAAAUUAAUUUAAUUGAAAAAACUGAAGAAGAAUUCAGAAAAUUGUUAGAAAAAGGCGACGAAUUUAAAGGUUUUUAA